AUGAGUGUCAAUUCAAAUCAUCUGCUACUUGUUGUGCUCCUGAUUGCAGCGGUAGCAGCAGCUAAAACUAUACCUAUGUCAAAGCCAAACUGCCCAUCAAAGUGUGGCAACGUUACCAUUCCCUUUCCCUUUGGCCUCACAAACCCCUGUUCUCUCAACACCUCAUUUCUCAUCACUUGCAACCAUUCCAUUCCAUUCCUCAAUUCUAAUGUUACCACUCCAUUCUUCAGAUCUAAUGUUACCACUCCAUUCUUCAAUACUAUUAGAAAGGUGAAGGUGCUGGACAUAUCACUCGACGGCCAACUUCACGUUUCAUUGCCAGUUGCCACAAGUUGUGUCAAUAACAAGAAUGGUGAAUCAGACAAGGAUUACUUUUUCUUCAGGUUAUACACACCUUUUCACCUGUCAUCUCGGCAAAACAAGUUAACUGUAUUGGGCGCUUACACGGCAGGAGUAGUAUAUGAUGACUCUUUAAGAUUCUGGACAGCAUACGCUCCCACUUAUUGCGUGUCCUUCUACAGCAGCAUUUACGACCUCAGCAUUUACAGCACACAUGACGAGUCAUGCUCCGGCACUUUCUGUUGCGAGACUCCAAUUCAACAUAGGCUAUCGGACUUCUACUAUUCUUGUGGUGCAAAUAUCUUCGACUAUAACUCAACCGAUGAGGCAUUUCAGUCCUACCCAUGUGCUUAUACAUUUCUGGUUAAGGAGGGAGCCUACAAUUUCUCCAUGACAGAUUUCAUCAAUUUUAACACAAGCAACAGCUUUCCCGUGGUUGUGGAUUGGGCAGUGGGGAACACGUGCCUAGAUGCUCAGAAGAAUGCUUCAAGCUAUGCGUGUAAGUCAAACUACAGUGAAUGUCACAAUGCAACGGAGGGACCUGGUUACCAUUGUAAAUGCUUCACUGGUUUUCGGGGAAAUCCUUACCUAUCUGAUGGUUGUCAAGAUGUUGAUGAAUGUGUUGAGGAAUCCCAUGACUGUGUAAAGGAGAGAUCAACAUGCAGUAACAGCCCAGGGAGCUACAGUUGUUCUUGUCUAAAGGGAUACGAAGGAGAUGGAAAAAAUAAUGGAAGCGGAUGUGUUAUCAGAAGUAACCGCAAAAUCAUAAUUGCUUUAAGUGUGACUGGAAGUAUAUUGGCAUUUGUGGGGGGAACCUUAUACGUGUACUGUGCAUUAAAGAAAAGCAAACUCAACAGACUUAAAGAACAUUUUUUUCAACUAAACGGUGGUCUGCUAUUACAACAACAGUUAAACAGGUACAGUGGAUCAAAUGAAUUGACAAAAAUAUUUAAUGUGAAAGAACUAAAAGAGGCCACCAACAAUUUCAAUGAAGAGAUGGUCUUAGGCGAAGGUGGGGAGGGAACAGUUUACAAAGGAAUAUUACCUGACAAUAGAAUUGUAGCAAUAAAAAAGUCGAGAAUUAGUAAUCCAAACCAAAUUGAGCAUUUCAUCAAUGAGGUGAUUCUUCUUUGUCAAAUCAACCAUAGAAAUGUGGUGAAACUCUUGGGAUGUUGUUUAGAGACAGAGGUUCCCUUACUUGUUUAUGAAUUUGUUCCCAAUGGAACUGUCUAUGAGCAUCUCCACGAUCAAAGCAAAUCUUUAAGACUUACAUGGAAAAGAAGAUUACAAAUAGCAAUUGAAACUGCUGGGGCCUUGGCGUACUUGCAUUCUGCUACCCAUGCACCAAUCGUACAUAGAGAUGUGAAAACUUCAAACAUACUACUUGAUCACAAUCUCACUACAAAGGUUUCUGAUUUUGGAGCUUCAAAGAUUAUUCCUCUUGAUCGAACUCAGUUAACCACUUUGGUGUUGGGGACACUAGGGUAUCUUGACCCAGAAUACUUCCACUCAAGCCAGUUAACAGAGAAAAGUGAUGUCUAUAGUUUUGGAGUUGUCCUAGCCGAACUACUAACAGGAGAGAAGGCACUCUCUUUUGAAAGGCCAGAGCCUCACAGAAACCUAGCAAUUCACUUCCAUUCUUCAAUGAAUGAGGGUCAAUUACUUGACAUUGUCGAUGGCCGCAUAAUAAACGAGGCAAAUGUUGAGCAACUAAUGGAUGUUGCAAAUAUUGCAAGCCAUUGUUUGAGGUUGAAGGGGGAGGAAAGACCCACCAUGAAAGAAGUGGCAAUGGAACUUGAAGGGAUCAACAUUGUGGAGAAGCGCCAAUGGGAAAAAGUCAACUUGUCAUCAGAGGAGACUGAAACUCUUCUCAAAGCAACACCAUCAUCUUCUUUUAGUGUUGAUGGUGUUAAUAGAAGAAGCAUGCAUUCUGGCUCUGAUAUUUUAAACCGAUUGUCCUCCUCCUUAACUAGUGGAAGAUGA